GUGAGACGGACGGGUGACAGAGUGAGGUCUGUGUGGAUCCCGCUGUAGGCCAACAGAGAGAGGAGGGAACACGGCCGCGCUGUUUCAGGGGCGUUGAUGUUCAGAACCCUGAGACAAACUGAGGGACAUCAUCCAGCACUUGCUGUGGACAGGGAAAGAAAGCCACGCUGAAUUCGGUGUGUAAGAGAGAAAAGAAAAGCACAAUACACCACAGAGAGGACUGUGGAGAGUCAGAAAGAACUGGGAAAUACGUCCUCCACACCCCAGCCUUCCUAUACUGUGGUAGACAUUUCAAAUCUCUGUUCUUGGCCACCCAGGAGAGGCGAUGGAAGAUUAAAUCACAUGCUCCGCCAAGAGUGAUCAUAAACCAAACCUGCUGAGACCUCAUGCUACAGUGUUUGAGACGCCCUUGAAACCUUUCGGGGAGCUUAGAGCAACACAGACAUUUUUGAUAAAGGUCAGAAACAUUUGAUGUUUUUUUAGCGAGGGCCCAUAAAGAGACCCAGCCACGGCCCACUGCAGGGUCUCAGGGAAGCUUUUGGAGAACGCUGAUUUGGACGAAAAGCUUGUGGAAGAGGUGAUGGGUAACAAGAACACCGGCAUGCCGAAAGGUCCUGACACUGGGCUCACACAGAAAGAGGACGGGGUGUUCACUGACACAACCACAGGAAGUGUCUCUAGAGAUGCACUGCUGGGCCCCAGCCCGGAGCUCCUGGCCUCCCUGCAGUCCCUCGGAGAAAACAGUGACUACACACUGCUGCCACACUCCCUGCACCAGAUUGCAGAGGCCUACUCACUCAAAGAGGACUACCAAUGGGCCAUUCAGUUCCUACAACUGGAGAAGCUCUACCACGAACGCCUGCUCUCUAACCUUGCUGCCCUGCAGGAAAACUGGGAGAGCCAGUGGAGAGAGAAGAAGAACACAGGGAGCAGUUUGUCCACUGACACAGACACCAUCAGUCAGAAGCACAUCGAGACCCUGAGCCAGAUCUGUAGGACGCACCCCAGACCAUCCAUCAGUGUGGAACAGGAGAUGCUGAACACAACAAUGAAAGACAUUCAGAGCAAGAACCAGACACUAGAGUCCUGUCAUGAUAAAGUCAAUAAUCCUGAAACAUCACACGAGGACGGAGAACAAGAACAAAACGUGGACUCAGAAUCAGAGUCAUCUUCACCACAGACGGGCCAUCAGGAUGGAGGAGGGGAAGAGGAUGGAGAAGAAGAGGAGGAGGAGACGUAUGAGGAAGGACAGGAAGUAGAGGAGGAGGAGGAGGAGCCGUGUGAGGAGACACCGGAGGAGGAGGAGGUGAAGGUGGAGUGGCCAACAGGAGUCCCCCAGGCUUCAGACAAGGACCUGGCCAAACUGUCCCACACAGAAGGGGGUUCCUCUCCUGAUGGUCUGGUCUCCAUUCUGAAGAGGAGGAGAGCGUCUCUGGAUGGACUGCCUCCACCAAGCAACGUCGCCACUAAACAGAACUCCAAACGCAAAGUUCGCUUCAGUGAACCCGAAGACGGCAUUGAGCAAGAUGAGGUAGGUGGAGAUUCCUGCCUGAUCCUCCUGCUGCUGUGUCUGGUUACCGUGGUGAUCAGCAUAGGCGGGACCGCUCUCUACUGCACCCUGGUGGACACUUACUCCAACAUUUGCACCGACUUCACACAAAACGUCAACUUCUACGUCAUGAGCGUACGGAGGGUCUUUGAAGGGCUCGGACACUGGCUGCCCCUCCGGACUUAAGACAGUUUGACGUGCGUUGAAGAGAAGAGCUGAUUCAGACGUUUGUGCUGUAAUGGACAGUGAAAAACAGAGAGUGAGGAUGAGAGAGACAGUCCCCGAGUAAGGAUGCACAGACAUGGAACCUACAGGCAUUGAUGUGAUGCUGCCAUCCAGUGUUUAAAGCUUUGAUUUCUUCUACAGUGACUGAGCAGAAGAGCUCACACCCGGUGACUCACUAAGAUUUGUACAUGUGAAGCAAUGGACAUAGAUUUAUGUAUCAGUAAUCGGGUGCUCAAAGCAACACCAAACAGUACAAACUUUCGUCACCUCAGAAGAAAAACGUGAUGAUGUGUGCAUGUUGUGGGAUGAGAGUAUAAAAAACACAAACUUGUUUACUACUGUCUGUGCGGAUGUUUCAUCUUUAAACUGAACCUUACAGAUAAUCAAACAAGAGGGCUCACAACUCUCAGCUAUAUUUAUAUUUUAACAGAAGUAGUUUAUCUAUAGUGUUUCCCUCACAGUUGUAGCAGUUGUAGCUGUGGAUAAAUUUGUCUUUUGUUCCCAGAGCUUUCUUGUUCUGGCAGUUUUAUUUUGACCUAUACAGAGAGAGGCUGUCUUUAGCAUCAUUAGGAUCAUAAGUGUUGUUUCUUCGUACCAGUAAUGGACCAAAAUGAUUAUUAUUUUUUCCUUUUAAAUUCAUGUUAACAUUAUUGUUUGCUCUUUUGACCCGUCUCUGUUAAAUGAAUAUACUGUAAACCUACUGUAUAUCAGACACAUCAUACAGAACGACUAUGAAGAUUUAUAUUAUUUUGAAAUUUCCUGAUUCCAGAUACAGAUAAGCCUUUAUGAUCCUUUCACUGAACAGGAAAGUUUCAUAGCUGCAUGUUUACCUCAAUGCAAGCGGUUACUCUUAACAUUCCUCUUAUCAUCUGAAGAUGACCAGGUCAAAGAGAAGCAUAGUGAUAUUGGUAUCUGUAUAUAUACAAAGUGUCCUAUUAAAAACAAAGCACAGCAUCAUGAAACACUCUGCAUGAAUGAUGCUGUGUGUGUAGAUUCAGGAAGAGUGUGGCUCUUGGUAUGAAAAUAUCAAGUCUACCACCUUAUAACACAAUACAUUUCUACAUAAGAGGAUUAGGGCCACAGCUAGAAAAAAAAGAAAAAGUAGUAUUCUGAGAUUAAAAUCAGAAUACUGACUUUGAACUCUGAAAUCAAAUUUUCUCAUUUAUUCCCCACAUGUGGCCCUAAUCCUCUUCCUUACAUUUCAGUGUAGUCAUCAUGAGUAUCAGUAUGCAAAACAGCAAUUUAACAGCCGCUCCACACACUCAGGCACUUACCCUGUGUUUAUACUUCUGGUGCUCUUAUGUUUUCAUGUUCAUCCUUUUAGUGUGUGAUUCUAAAAUUCCUGCCCUACAUCUGGAUGUACGAUCACGUCCAGUCUUGCAGUCUGCAAACAGCUACACCAUGAUCUUAAAAGCCCAAUGCAGUGAGAAGAUGCAUUUGGAUUGUGUGCAUGUUGGAAACCAGACCUCAUUCAAAAACAGACAAAAAAAGAGGGCAAAAAGUACAUUAUUACUGUGAACAAAAUUUGUUUUAUUUCUGAGUGUUGUAUUUACACCUAGCUCUAAAUGUUUGAUUGGAUUUUAAGCACAAUCUUGAGGCUGCUUUUAAAUGCAUUGGGAGUUUAAUAUUGAGUUUUGCAUGGGCGAUGCUGUCUUUGAAUCAUUUUGUCCAAAAGCAGAGCUUUACGGAUCAACAAGUUGUGUUUCCUGGCUGGCUCAAGGAACACACAAGAAAAUAUUCCUGUAAACACCAGUUUUUUAUUGGAAUGGAGAAGAUGGAGAAAAUGAAUUUUGAUCAGCAUGUACCUUUAUCCAUUGCCUUGUAUUGAUAUUUUCUUACACAUUUCAGCUCUCCUUCUAAACUUCAGAUGUUUGCAAAGUAAUGAAUGUUACCUCUGUACUGUCACUGUGGAUAUUGUUUACCAACAGCAGCUGCAUUAUGCAGUCCAUCUUUAUGUUUCAGUAUUUAUGUUAAGUUGUGUCUGCAAGGGAAUACAAUAUAUAUAAUAAAAAAAAUGCCAUUGUGUAUUUUUAUUUUUUGCUAAAAUAUGUUUGUGAAAUACCGACGUUUGGCCACAGGAUGUCGCUGUACACCUAAGAAUGAACAACCAUUUUCUCUAGAAGAUUC